GUUUCAUAUUGAAAAGAUUCGCGUCACAGGAAAAUACGUAGCAAGAAAAUACAAUUGUCGAUAAAACGGUUGCAAAGGAGGAAAAAGCAAGAGGAGAAAAGCAAGAAACAAGAAACAAAGAGCGCAUUGUAAAAUAGACUUUGUAGUUGCGGUUGCAAAGGAGGAACAAGAGUUUCAAGAUGGAGGGGCAACAUAUGAGUGCGAGCGAUCUCUCGAUAAUCGAUAUUUGAAAUUCGAAUGCAGGCUGCGUGACGGGGAACAUUUCGCACACUCAAAUUACGUUGAGAUAACAAGAUAUUCUCCUGCCGUUGCAAUUGUCACUUUUACGAAUCCUCCAGACUUCGCACAUACGAGAAUAUACUUACGUGAAUAUUAUUGUCGCGGUCUAAUUCAUCCUCACACAUUCUAUCCUUCUAGAAUACACGGCUCAGUGUUGUACAUCGUCGCGCUCUGAAACACGAGGUACGAUGGAAUCCGCGGCGGUUUCGAUCUUGAAGCGAGCAGUGGAAAUGGACAAGAAAGAGCAAUAUACGAUGGCAUUGGUGUUAUACCAGGAAGGCGUGCAGAUACUCCUUGAUGCGGUAAAAGAAACGAAGGAAGCAUUCAAGGUGGAAUACCUUACGACCAAAGCGAGAGAGUAUCUUGACAGAGCCGAGAAGGUGAAGAAGUUGAUCAGUACGAGGAAAUUAGCUGGUAUAUACACAGAACUAAUUAAAAUCGAGGAUGGAUCGAUUGGGUAUGGCUACGCAAGUGUCUUCGGCAGAUUCUUGGAUGGUACCGUCACUUCAAUUGACAUCGAAGAUCCAUAUAUACGAGCCUUCCAUCAGUGUCAGAAUCUGGUCAGACUAUGUGAGCUGGCAGUUCAAAAGUGCUGUGCACUGUCCAAGAUAUCCCUGCUUACGACUUAUAAUACGAAAGAAGCUGGCCAAAUCUCCAGAUUGGCCGAGCUGAAAGAAAGUUUGGCGUCUCGUAAUAUUUCUUUUGACUUUUCUUUCUCCGAGACGUUACACGACAGACAAAUCACACUGAGCAACGGAUGGGUGAUAAAAAUCGGGCGUGGAUUGGACUAUUUUAAAACGCCGGAAGGUAAAUUCGUUCUUGGCUCGUGCGAUCUAGAGUUAAGACCUUGCCAGGAGACUACUGUACACAUUCUUCAUCAAAACAAUCUUGUGGACGGAGGACCAUCAAAAUAGGACAUAUUUAAUUAAUAAAAUAAUGAUUAAUUAUUGAUUUACAUUUUCUUUAUAAAUGUAUAUUA